GACUCCGCAACGUCACUUACUAACGUCGAAAACGUGAGGAGGAGCGUCUGUGGCUCGGCCGAUGCGAUCUGUUACAUAAUACAAUGUGGCGUGCUGGGAUAGGCAGAUGCUCAGGAAGGUCACGACUUCUUGAUACAUACGGCGACCUACGUUACCGUAGCACAGAGUCUCAACAUCGCCACGCCUGUGUGACGGACCCAGCAUGGAUGGAACAGGCUAUGAGCACCUACCCACGCGGCACGACGUGCUGAACGCGGACAUAUGGUCCAUGAUCCUCUCCUUCGUCGAUCUCGCCGACGCGCCGAGCCUCUCCCUCGUCUCCCGAGCUAUUCACCCCCAUGCUCGGCGUAUUGUGCUCUCGUGCGCAGACAUAUUCCAGCAAGACCAGCUUACCAGGGCCUGCGCAUUCCUGCUAGAUGACCCGCAUCAUCGAGCAUGUUGGUUGCGUGAGCUCCACAUAGACGGUGACGCUCUGCAGGACCUGGAGGACCGCUGGGAGAGCGCGGAGGGGUUGGCGAUCGCUGCACAGCUCGCAGAGCUCCUGCAUGCGGCGCAGAACAUCCACACUCUCGCGCUGCCCCACGUGGAAUCGUUGUUGGAGGUGGACGCAGGCGUCGGUGCGGCUCUGAUCUCGCUCAAACAACUCCAGGUCGUCAGUCUCUCUGGCAUACUCACUGGCGCACUGGAUGUCGCGAACAAAAUGGCUAGCCGCCCUACGGAAGUGUAUCUCAACUUCGCCUCGCCUUCAUCAUCAUAUGACAUGGCCGAAUAUUUUAUGCUGCUCAGCCACCUGACCCUAUUCAGCAACGCACACACGGUGGAGGUCGUCUUCUUCGACAUAUCCCGCCCAGACAGGUUCGAAAAACCUUCAGACUUCAGCUUCGAGAUCCCUCAGCUCGGCCAACACUCGACCGUACGCGAAGUCGGCCUCAGGUACAGCGGCCCCCUCCCGCUGUUCCACAUCUUCCCGAACAUGGAGGUCCUGCGCAUGCGUUGCAUGGACGAGACCUUCGAGAACUUCGACUGGCAGGACUGGGCGUGGACAGAGUCCGUCCCGCUUGUCGACGUCACGGCGGACGACGACGACCAGCUCGUGUGCCUGGCGGGCGCACGUCCGCCGACCCUCCGCCAGCUGCACCUCCACGCGCCUCCCUUACGCAGCCCUGAGGGCGACUUCAGCGUCGACGAUCUCCGCCCCGUCUGCUUGGCGUUUCCCCUCCAGGAGUGGCAGGCACCGUGGAACUACGACAUCCCCAUCUGGGCCGGCCAUCUCGAGGCAACUCCGAGCCCGGAAUUCGGGAGCCGGCUACGCUACCUGGAGGUCACCCCCGACUGCCACACGCAAGAGGACAUGCCCGCCUCGUGGGUGGAAUGGCUCCUCCCCGCGCUCCGCGAAUCCACCCUCGUCUGCGUGCGUCUCAACUUCAACGUCGACACCCCAUCCGGGACGGUGACGAAGCUCGACGAGGUCCGGCGCACGCUCGUCGAGAACGUCGCCUCGCUCCGUUACAUCUGCAUCGCCGUCGGACGAAUCCCGCAGUCCGAUCUGCUCUGGGCGUACGACUCGCGUGUCGAAGGCGAGUGCACUUGGUGGCGCGUGCGCGGAAAGCGCGCAUCGACUCAGAGCGCAUCUCGCCCGAGGCCGGUGAGCGCGUCGAGGAGUAUCUACGCUCGGCGGAGUUCGAACGGACGUUGAGUCUGGAUGGACUUGUGUUGGACGAUGGGUAGGCCUGGUCUUUCCUUUGGGGAGCAUACUUAUGUCGCUUGCUCUCUUGCUUCGAUGGGAUGUGUUGGCCCUUUGUUGUACCGAAUGAAGAUGCGUGCAAACACGAGUUCUCAACAGCCAACAAAAUAUCGUAUUCGGCUUGCAGGUCCGUGCUCCAUCAGUCAAUCCGACGGACAUAUCUCUGCC